AUGAUAUCCUCUCUACAGUUGCUGAGGAUGAUGUUCGACCCGCCGGAUUUCCCCUACAAGGAAUUAUCCGACACACUACGAGACCACUACGACGCUGACUAUCUUCUUUUCAACUCUGAUGCAGUAACAACAGAUUCAACCAACAUCAAUAAAGAUCUAGCCGAUGUUGCUGAUCAAAUUCUUACGAAUGUUGGCAACCAGAUCGUCUUUGAUUCUGCUAAAAACUUAAAUGAAGGAGAAUCAUCUUUUCUGACUGGUACCACGAACAUUGAGCAAAAUACAGAACUAUUUAUAGUUCAGUCGGAUAAUUUACUUAAUAACUUUGAACCUACUUUGCUUGAUGAUAAUACUGUGAAUCAAUUCCUAUUGCCACUUCAGGUUUCAGCGAACGGUGACAAGGACACUGAAGACAUUGGACCCGAUUUGUUAGCGCUACAUUCCUGCGUCAUAUGCCAUGAGAUAUUUACUACGGACUCCGAUCUUUUAGACCAUACAAUUUCAUUCCAUACCUCCGAGUCGGCCUUGGAGGCAAUUCCUGAUAGUUCAGCAGCAGACGCUAUCGAUCUGCAACCCAAGUUACAAGACAUAAGCCAUCCAAGCGACAUAGACUUUGAAUCCUACUGGCUUGUUUGCGGCGUUUGUGAACGUGUUUUAUCUACAGCUUUAGAAACAGAACCUACUGAACAACUAUGCUGCACCACAAGCGAUGGCAAGACCAGCGUGUCCCCUCGGAAGCUGCUCACCAUGUAUGUCUGCGACUUCUGCAAUGGUCUGUUCGCUGAUGCCGAUGCGUUGGACAGACACCGGCUGACUUGCUUUGUUCCUGACCAGAGUCAGAGCUUCUAUCCAAUAGCAGAGAACUCAAGCGCGACCACAAACGACCAGCUAUGCUGCGCUUGCGACACUUGCGGCAAGCGCUUCUCAACCAUCGAGGAGCUGAAGAUGCACACCAUAGGAUGCCUUCAAGUUGUAAAUAAGAGAGAUAGACGGUCUUACAGCAAUGCAACCAGUAGCAAGAUGUGGAACUGUGGGUCUUGUAAUCAGCUGUUUGCCACUGCAAGGGAGCUCUACCGUCACAAGAGAGGGGAAGACCGACCGUCAGGCGCGCCUCUAAUGGCGUACGUGUGUGAGGAGUGCGACAAGGUCCUCGGCAGUAUGUGUGCUCUUCACACCCACAAAAAGAUGCAUAAGGUGUCCAAGCCGGGCUACCCAUGCCGCGUGUGCGGCCGCCGCUUCAACCAGUCGGGGCACCUCGCGAUCCACAUGCGCAUGCACACCGGCGAGCGGCCCUACCCUUGUGACCUCUGCCCGAAGGCCUUCAAAGUCAAGGUGGAGCGCGACGACCACCGUCGCACACACACUGGCGAGCGCCCCUUUGCGUGCGCGGCGUGUCCUAAGACAUUUACCGCGGCUGCGCGCCUGCGCGAGCAUGCGAGGAUUCAUACUGACCAGAGGCCGUACCGUUGCGAUAUAUGUGGCGCAGCCUUCCGUCGUCCUUACGCUCGCACCGUCCACACCCUCAUACACACAGGGGAAAAGCCACAUGAGUGCGAUGUAUGCGGGACCACUUUCAGGCGUUCUGGCGAUAUGUGGAAGCACAAGAGGACACUCCACGGUGUCCAGGCUACCGGGGAGGCAGAGCUGAAGAGCUAAGAGAUAUUCAUAUACAAACUUAUAUUAGGUAAUACCUGUGCCAAAAUAAUCUAUCAAUUUCCACCAGGCGAAUAGUCUGCUUCUUUCCCUCCUAUAUCAUAAAACAAUCCGUUUAUCAGGUUUCUCCCUCGCACACUACCCUAGAUAACGUUUUUAAUUUGGCAUCAGUAAGAUUAUUUUGACUCAGGUUAAGGCCGGUCCAGGCGGAGUGAUCAGAUCGGCUCAUUUGAUCCAUAAAAUAAUUGCGUCAAUCUGAUCUAUUCCACACAUACAGUAACAACUCUGGUUGACUGGGCGUAAAAUGUCCAGUGAGUCUAGUCUGGGCUGGCCUUUAGUCCAAGCGCGGAUC